CGAACAAACUGAACAACUUGAACAACCUGUACCUGAACAACCUCUACCUUCAACAAAUAAUAAUAAUCAAAUACGUGAUAAAGCAAUUGCUAAAUUUAAUCGUUUAAAAGAAGCUUAUACAGUUGAAGGAUUUAAUAAUUUUGUUAAAAAAAAUCUUGAUGAUGCAGUUUUAAAAAUAAAUAAUAAACUUGAUGAUAUUAAUAUUGAAGGAGGAGAGGUUGAUUAUGAAGAAAUUAAAAAAAAAACAAAAGAAACAUGUACAGAAACAUUAGCCAAGAUUCAGGAUUUUUUACCAAGCAUCAUUCCGGAUAUGGAAUCAUUAUUAACAGACAAACCACCCCCAACAGAAUUUACUUAA